CGCGCCGCAACGAGAAAGAAAGAGGAGGAGGGAUGUGACGAUCACGUAGGGAACGAGCGGAGGAGCUGUCGGUCUCCGUCUCUCUCGCGCUCUGUCUCUCUCUCCCCCCUGCCGCAGCCAUGCUGUCUCGCGCAUCCAACGCUGCGGCCACAAACCGGCGAUGCGUGUCUAGGGCGUGCAAGGAAUGAAACACGGUUGGUUUAGUGUCUGUGACGCUUCAACCUCUAAUUUUGGAUUCGCCGGGAUACCGGGGACCUCGUAAGGAGCGCGCAAGAGCCAAUAGCAACCAUUUCGCCUGCGAGGACAACAGCCGUUCUCGCCUGUCACCGUGAACGUCUCUGAGCCCGCGCACUGUCGAUUAUUCUGGUAUCAACCUGUCACGAGGACGUUACCGGCAUGAUUGACUGGCCUUAUCUAUUGGGUGGAGUUUAACGGUGAUAAACCCGAGAAUCCCUUCCGACUAUUGGAGCGUGAUUUGGAGCUCAACGGAACAUGCUCACUUAGUCUCGCUGCUGUUCGCAGCGGUGUUACCGGGGAGAACCGCUCGUUAGCAGGACGAUACUCGUUGAUGCAGGGAUGUGAUUAGUUUACCUUCGCCAUUACCGUUACAGGAAACUGACCAGGCUCUGUUUGGAUCCCGGUCAUAUCCACAUGUGGUUCUCGGGGAUUAGUGAGGUCUACACAACGUUACGAUUCGGUACCGGCAUCGUGUGAGACCACGGAAGCAGCCAUGUCUCUUAGUAAGAGUAUUGAACUGGAGCAUUUUGAUGAGCGGGAUAAAACACGCCGGGGCCGGUCCACGCGCAGCAAAGGCACUGACACCGGCUCUGGCUCGCGGGGCAGCAGCCUGGUCCCGAGCCCCGCGCACAGCACCAACUGCAGCUACUACCGCACGCGCACGCUCCAGGCGCUCACCUCGGAGAAGCGUGCCAAAAAGGUGAGGUUUUACCGGAACGGAGACCGGUACUUCAAAGGGCUGGUGUAUGCAGUCUCGAGCGACCGGUUCCGUUCCUACGACGCUCUUCUGAUGGAACUCACUCGAUCGCUCGCGGACAACCUGCACCUGCCACAGGGCGUGCGCACCAUCUACACGGUGGACGGGACCAAGAUCACGAGCUUGGACGAACUGGCGGAGGGAGAGAACUAUGUGUGUGCGUCCAACGAGCCCUUCAGGAAGGAGGAGUACUCCAAGAUCUCUGUCCCCAGCUGGAGGCCCGGGGCAGGGGUGGCGGGGAGGCCUGGGGCUGGGGGGGCCCGGGGGGAGGGCAGGGGGGAGGGCAGGGGGGAGGGCAGGGGGGAGGGCAGGGGAGAGGGAAAGGACUUCAUCAAGCCCAAGCUGGUGACAGUGAUCCGCAGCGGGGGCCGUCCCAGGAAGGCUGUGAGGAUCCUCCUGAACAAGAAGACAGCCCAGUCCUUCAGCCAGGUCCUGGAGGACAUCACAGACGCCAUCAAGCUGGACUCUGGAGCCGUCAAGAAGAUCUACACCCUGGACGGCAAGCAGGUGACCAGCCUGCAGGACUUCUUUGGGGAUGAUGAUGUGUUCAUGGCGUGUGGGCUGGAGAAGUUCCGCUACGCUCAGGAUGACUUCCUGCUCACGCACAGCGGCAAGACCCCGCCCUACCUGAGCGAGUCCAGACUGAAGCCCUCUCGCUCCACCACUCCCCUCAAACCUACAUUACCCAGAAGCCUCUGCACCUCAGCCAAAACCCCGCCCAGGACCAAGUCAACUGGCCUAGCCAAUGAGACGGCCGGGCAGGCAGCUGUGGUGAGGUCAGCAAGGGCUAGCCCCUCCCCCACCAGCCCAGGAGCCAGGCACAACCUCAAGAUCUCUCCUCUUCAUGCUUCAUCAGAUGUAAAUGGUGCAGCAGACCACACAGACGAGCUGAGCCCUGAAGUGAACGGGAACACACAGCUGUCGUCCUGUAAGAUCAGAGAGAAGUACCAGGUGGGCCGUGUGAUCGGAGACGGGAACUUUGCUGUGGUGAAGGAGUGUGUGGAGAGGUCUACAGGACAGGAGUUUGCUCUGAAGAUCAUUGACAAAGCUCGCUGCUGUGGGAAGGAGCACCUGAUAGAGAACGAGGUGGCUGUGUUGAGGAAGGUUCGCCAUCCCAGCAUCAUCCAGCUGAUCGAGGUGGACGACACGCCCACAGAGCUGUUCCUGGUCAUGGAGCUGGUCAAGGGAGGGGACCUCUUCGAUGCCAUCACGUCCUCCACCAAGUACACAGAGAGAGACGCCAGUGCCAUGGUGUUCAACCUGGCCGGAGCCCUCAAGUACCUGCACAGCAUGAGCAUCGUGCACAGAGACAUCAAACCAGAGAACCUGCUGGUGUGUGAGUACCCAGACAGCACCAAGUCUCUGAAGCUGGGGGACUUCGGCCUGGCCACGCUGGUGGAGGGGCCCCUGUACACCGUCUGUGGAACCCCCACCUACGUGGCCCCUGAGAUCAUAGCAGAGACAGGGUACGGUCUGAAGGUAGAUAUCUGGGCUGCAGGAGUGAUUGCCUACAUCCUGCUGUGUGGGUUCCCCCCCUUCCGAAGUGAGAACAACGUUCAGGAGGAGCUGUUUGAGCAGAUCCUGAGAGGGAAGCUGGAGUUCCCCUCCCCCGACUGGGACAACAUCAGCCUGCCUGCCAAGAUGCUGAUUGGUCAGAUGCUGCAGGUGAACGUGGGAUCUCGCUGCACAGCGGAGGAAGUUCUGUCUCACCCCUGGGUGACGGAUGAAGCUACUGCAGAUGGUCACAGUGUUCCCAUGGAGACGUCAUCUGUUCCCCCCACCCAGACGGAGACCAGCCCCACCCUCCAGACCAGACCCCUCCCCUCUCCUCUAUGCUGAUCAGACGCCUCCUCUCUCAUGUCCCUGUCUGACUCUCUCUCUCUUCAUAACUUACUCUAAUCUCUCUCUCAGCUCUCUCCUAUACUGUCUUCCACCCCCCCCUCUCAGACACCUCCAAGGAGAGGGUUGUGUGUGUAUAUAUAGUGUGUACAUAUCAUCCUGUAUAUAGUAUUGUGUGUGUGUGUGUGUCCAGUAGGAUUCCUGUAGCGGUCUCCAAGAGAGAGCUGGCCUCAUAAGCUCUCGUUGGCUAAUCAUGACCCAGCUCUUUAGUCUCAUCUUGAUAUUUCAGUCUUAGGAGUGUAGGAGUGUGUGUGUGUGUGUGUGUGUGUGUGUUGGAGAACAGAUGAGCAGGUCAUCUCCUAGCUUGGCUGACUGUCUUCUCUACACCCAUAGUUGUACUUGUUAAACAACAAUCCCACCAUUCAGUGUUCCAGAGUGCUCAGGAGUUCUAGAGUUCUGUUAUUAUUCUAGACUCUUCAGGAGUCUUCAUCACAUGACCCUCCUCUGAGCUCUGCAGCACUAGAAGUACUGUAGAAGUGUUUUAGAAGUAUUGUAGAAGUGCUGCAGGCCUCUGAACCAAGUUCUACUUGUUAUGACCGGAAACUCAUUAUGAACCAUUAUGAUGAUGAUGAUGAUCAUAGUGAUGGUCUGGAACUCCCUCCUCCUGGUCGAACCAUCUGACAAUAUAUCAUACGUUCCCAAGACAACACCCAUGUAGCCCUGUGUGUGUGUGUGUGUAAACAGGGUUACAAUCCUGCUUUGUAUUUGUGAAACGAAGGAACCAGAAAGUGCAUCAAACUGUGAUAAUAAAAACUGAACCA